AUGUUGACAGUUGAUGAAAUUGAUAUAGCGAAGGAGAUGUUGUUAGUGUUAAAGCCAAUGGAGGGUAUUGAUUUAACCCAUCCAAUAGCUUUAACCUUAAGGAGAGCUAUUUUAGACAAUUUGAAUAAAAGAUUCGGUAGGAUGGAGGAGAGAAGUCUUCUAAACAUUUCAACCAUAUUAGAUCCUAGAUUUAAAACUAUUCAUUUGAAUAACGCAUUAGCCUGUUCAAGACCUAUUAAAUGUAUUAAAAAUCAAAUUAUUGAAAUCAAAAGUAAUUGUGAUGAACCUAGCUCCUCAAACCAAGGAUCUAGUGAUGAUGAUGUUGAAAAUAGUGAUAGUUUGUGGUCAGUUCACAAUGAGUUGGUUACAAAAAAAAAAGCUGCAUCACAAAGUUUAGAACAGUCUGAAGAGCGAAUUCCUACCGAACUUAAUCAUUAUUUAAACCAGCCCACAAUACCGUUAGGUGAUGACAUUCUAAAAUAUUGGGAUAUAAAUGGUAAUAUGUUCCCUCUUUUAAAAAAAAUUGUACAGCCAUAUUUGUCCGUAGUAGCAACUUCCGUCCCUUCGGAAAGAUUAUUUUCUAAAGCGGAAAAUAUAAUGACUGAAAAAAGAAACCGAUUAAAGGGGGAGAAGUUGCAACAGCUUUUAUUUCUGAGUUCCCAAAAUUUUGAAGACUGGCACAUAGAAUAA